UAAUAAAUACUCCACUGGUGUACUGCAGUAUGCACAGGCUAGACACUUGCUAGCUAGCUCGAUCGGUCACUGGCCACUUCACAUCUUCUUGCUCGCUCGCUCGAUCGAUUGCUUACAAGGUUUCAUGGCCACUAACAAUCCGGUCAGUCUCAAAGCAGAGGAGCAGAAAUGCUAUGGCGGCGGCGGCGGCCGGGUCAUUCAGGCAAUCACGAUGCUCGUGGCGACGGCGGUCACGGCGCAGGCGGCGUACCGGGCUCGCCGGGAGCCAUGGGACCUCGCCUUCGUGCUCUUCGCCUACGCCGACCUGGGCCUCCUCUUCCUGUGCCUCUCGAUGUACGAGCGCCUGCCGCCUCCGCUGGAAGAAAUACAGAAGGGGGACAGCGGCGACGACGGUGCGGCCGUGAGGCGGCGGCUCAAGAUGGCCGUGUGGGCGCUGUCGACGGCGCUGAGCGUCGCCUUCGCGUGGCGCGUGGCGGCGGUCAUGCCGGCGCCGGCGAUGAGGGCCGCCGUCUGGGGCAUGACGUCGACGGUGGCGGUCGCCGGUUUCUACCUACUGUUCGUCUACAGGCCUGUGACCAUUUCCUCCUACUCCGAAAUGGAUACCUGCAAACACAAGCAGUCGUCGCCCAAGCUCGACCAGAUGGUAUAACGAACAAUGUGGAGAAGAGGAGCUUAAUGUUUAAUCUUGUAAUCAAUAUAAAUUUGAUAGCAAUAAUAAGUGAAUUCCCCAUUCACAUAUACUACGUCUUCUCUCGGAAUGGUGGAAUCUCUCUUUUUUACGGUUUUUAUAAAUUAGGCCAUGAUAUUUUCUAAUAUUAUGAAUUGUCCAGUAUUUGUUAUAAA